AUGGUCAGUGGAAGUCAUUUUCUGGGUGGUACCAUUACUUGGCAACUACAGAAUAAAUCGGCUAUUGGUACACCUGUGGCUGUUGUCAUAACUCAAACAUAUUCAUGGACGUAUACAUCCGCUAUAUGCACAAGUGCUAUGAUUGCUGCUAAUCAAUUAGUUCCCGUUUCAGUAGCAUCACUUAUUUGCGUUCCAUCUUGUCCAGCUGGUUUUGGAACUGUGCUUGCUACACCACGUUGUACCGAUAUUUCUGUAGUAAAUGGUAUUACCGUUGGACAACGUUUAGAUACAGUUUAUAUUCCAAGUGGCAGCACAUUUUCAAUAGCUUUUCGAGGCAGUGCAUGGGGUUCUCUAGCAACAGGCGGAGGGAGUUGGUCUGUUUCAUCGUACAUCAAUCUAGUACUCAGAACUGAUAAUGGGAAGUACAAUAAUGCUCCAGUUUCUACCAUGAUGUCUCCGAUCAAUAUUAUAGUGAAUGAAAUAACAAUUAUCACUGUAUCAGCGAGUGAUGCUGAUGGAGAUGUUUUGCGUUGUCGUUGGGCAACAUCAUCAAAUGGUGUUGAUGAAUGUGGAGGCGUUUGUCCACCGAGUUCAUUGCCAUCAAAUACAAUCAUUUAUUCAAACUGCACUAUUGUAAUUACUGGCACCACAGUUGGUAGCAAGUAUGCUGUUGGACUCAUGGUAGAAGAUUUCAUGAACUCGACCAGUACCGCGCCAUUAAGUACAGUACCUGUUCAAUUUAUUGUGAAAGUCAUUGCUUCACCAUCAUGUCUCGAUCAACCUGAACUGAUACUUCUUUCACAAUCAUGCACACCAAUCAAAGUCAAUGACACAUUUAAAUCAACAUUAUUGGCAAUCAAUCAUUGUGGAGCAACUGUCACUAUUACCGAUAUUUCUACAUUGUCUUUUUCUGGUAUGGUUCAGACUUCUGUCAUAAUGUUGAAUUCUAGUGUUUACUAUAAAAAUUUAACAUGGACACCAACAAAAAGUCAAGUUGGCUAUCAAGUAAUGUGUGCAGUGGCUCUCAACAGUCAAGGUUCACAGAGUUCACAAUACUGUUUCACAUUCUAUGUCACAGAAAAUGGUGAGAAUACAUGUCCUGGAGUUGUAUACAUUACAACAACGACAACUACAACAACUACAACAACGACAACUACAACAACUACAACAACGACAACUACAACAACUACAACAACAACAAUAUCAACAACUACGACAACAACAAUAACAACAACUACUACAGCAUCAACGGGAACGUCGAAAAAAUCAACAGGAAAUGCUACCAAUUGGCCAUUGAUUGGAGGUCUUAUCGGUUUGUUUUUUAUAAUUGCUCUUAUCAUUAGUGGUUGCUUUGUGCGAUAUUAUAAGAAACAUUCUACUGUUAGAUUUCGCCAUAAAUUAUAUAACUCUAACUCAGCUAUCAAGACAGAUGACACUAAGUUAUGUAUGGAUCCGCUUCCAUCUUUAGAAUCUUCGCUCAAUAUUUUUUCUGCUACUACGAAAAUCAAAUCUACUAACACUAUGGUUGGCAAAAGUACAGCAAGAUCGAUUGUGUCUCAAAAAUUAACAUCAAAUACGAAAGAGAACGAUUUGAACAUGAUAACUUCCAAGAUGAAACUUGCUUUCCCCAAAAUUGAUAAUGAUGCUGAACAAAAGAUGACAACUAGUACAUCUGCUCGAAAAGAAGAGACAAUCGAAACAGUAUCGACUAUAUUAAAUCUAAAUGUACAAUCAUCGAACUUGAUACCUAAAUAUGAAAAAAAGAAAAAAGGUCUACUUAUAAUUGAAUUACAUCAGAAAAAAAAUGGUCAACUCACCUCUUCAAUGAAAAUUAAAACGAAACGAAGAUCAAAUAGUUUUGAUGAAGAACUAUCAAAACAACAUUCAAAAGAUAUUCAUAAAAAAAGACUUGCAAGACGUAGUAGUGUAGGUGAUAUAGAUCAUGUUCAUGUCACUCAUGUACUCACACAUCCAACAGCAACAAAAUCACUUCCAGUUGAUGACAUUCGUCCAUCAAUUAUUGAAAGCACUAUUCGAUUAGACGAUGUUGAUGAAAAUUUACAAUCUGCAAGUUUAGUAGAAAUGAAUGAUACCAAAACACCUGUGAAAACCGCUCUACCACGUACAUUACGAACUACAGAUGAACCUAGACCUUCACAAAUUGAUACCAUUCAUUUGACAUCAACAAAUUCAAAAGUAAAUGUCUCUGCUGCUUCUACUGACAAUGAUGAGAAAUAUACGGCUAAAGGUGUUCAUGUUAAACACAUAAAGACGAUAAAAAAGAAAACAAAACCAACAACUACUGUUGCUCCACUCCACUCUGUUAUUGAAGAAGAGAAAAAAGACAAUAACGACCAUGAAUAG